AUGUUAAAGGCCAUAGCAAGUCGUUCCAGGUAUGAAUUGGAGCUCUCUAGACGUCAGGACCGGGACGAUAAUCUCAUAAAGUACAAUUUGCAUUUGUUAUCGCUGCAGAGAUCCACGUCGUCCAUCAUAAUCGGAAUCGUUGUCGGCAUACUAAACCUCUCCUCUCUGCUAGGCAUCGCCACUUAUAUCGCAUUCAACGGCCUCUCCGGACUUUUCGUCUGUAUGAACAUAAAUUACAAGACCAGCGACUACUUUGUAAAGGGGAAUAGCCCCUUCUUUCACAAUUUAUUCGUCGAUAGUUUGGUGAGUUUUAAGCCCCUAAAUCACACAAACCCUCAGCUAUUCUUUCUCUUUUGGAUCAUUUCUUACGACUUUUGUCACAUAUUUUUGCUCUAG